AUGUGCUUUACUCAGGGAAUGAGUGUUACGCUAGCUGUGGCGUCCUUUGCCUCGGCUUGGUAUGAAUGGCGGUCUUUCAGGAGCUGGCAGUACAGUGCGGGGAUUGCCUACUGGGGACUUGAGGAAGUAAUUCAAGCCGUCCAGCACAGUUACGCAGCGAGCGCCGAUGACGACUAUGCCAUGUGCAAGAAUCGGACAAAUCAAAUGCUGACAGACAUGGGUGCGGCCCAUCUCGUGUUUCAACCAGUGUUCGUAUCCUUCACGCUGCUUUCCAUGUACCGCAAACAUGAUAUUGAGGCUCGGAUCCUCAGUGAUUUCAUCUUCAAGCUCUGUGUGUUGGCUGGCUUUUGGUUCGUCAGUUAUUCUUGGAUCUGUGCUGCCAUGGGAGUCGACCAAAGCCUACUGCCUCCUGCCACAGAAGAUUGUCCCAACUAUCAGUACUUGUACGAGGGAUAUGAUGGAUUCCUGAAUAAAACCACCCCAAAUCAACCAGGAUCAGCUUGUGUGUACUACGCACCCACCGAAACAGGGCACCUAGCUUGGGCCAUUCCCAUCUACAAGCAAAGCUACUAUUUCCCCUCCCCUUCAGUGCACUUUUUCCUCUUCUUUGGGCCCUACAUCAUCAUGUUCAAAAAGCCCAUGCUUCAGGUCUAUGUAUUCCUUGCUUGGUUGACAGGACCCAUCCUCACAAAAUACUUGACUGCAUCGGUCAAUGAACAACCUGCCAUCUGGUGCUUCAACUCCGUGGCACAGAUAUCCAUGUAUGCCAUAGCCGUGCGUUACUUUGGCAUCCACAAGAAACCAAUCCUAGCAGAGUUCCGCCAUCCCGGAACUUACGGAGAGCAACCCAUGACCUACGUUCUCCGAAAGGAUGAUGGAGACACUCUUCCCUUGCUAGACUUGUCAAAGUCGGACGAAUCACCCAAACGAUGCUGA